CCUCGGUUCUCCUCUCCACACAAUCUACUCUACGAAAGUUGGUUAUUACAUGUAUUCAUAGGUGUCAGGUUCAGGUUGCUUCAUUCAUCCCGAAACGUGUUCGUUUCCCUACGCCCGGAGGUUCGAAAAAUCGACGAACCAACCGAUUGGGCGUGAGAGACGCUGAUCCACGUCUCCGAAUUUUCGCAGGGUUUCGGAUGCCAGGACGGACACCUUGUUUCGUUUCUUCCAAUUCGAGGCUUAAGAAUGAGACCCCUAGCAUCCCCGCAUGUCUACUCCUCUGCUAGCCGCGGCAUGCGAUGGUGACCGACUACUACUAACCGCGGCGACGUCCACCUGCAGGAAGACGCCUCAGUUACUUUCCAAAUUUUAUUGAAUGCCGUCUGUUCGGGUUUUAUGGUUCCUACUAGUAGUUAGUUAUCUUUCACAUUCAGCUUGUUUUGCUUGCUCGCUUUAAACCGCCCCCCACGUCGACUACGUUCCUCCUUCCUUUGGUCACAAUUUAUUAUGUCACGUCACCCACAGCAGCUGGUACACAGCUCUUCUCUUCGGGACCCGGAGAGCUUCUGGUCUCACCAUGCAGAGCAGCUCUACUGGCACCGGAAACCAUCGCAAGUGAUCAGCCGACAUUACAAAUCUCUUCCCAGCGGUACUAGUCACGACCAUUGGUCCUGGUUCCCCGACGGGGAGAUCUCUACGACCUACAACUGUGUCGACCGUCAUGUGGAGAAUGGUAACGGUGACAAUGUUGCUAUCAUUUGGGACUCCCCAGUAACGAGGACGAAAGAGAAAUAUACCUACCGACAGCUGUUGGAGGAGGUUGAGGUCUUGGCGGGUGUAUUACGAGAAGAAGGAGUGCGCAAGGGUGAUGUAGUCAUUAUUUAUAUGCCCAUGAUUCCAGCCGCGCUCAUUGCAGCAUUGGCGAUUGCUCGACUGGGGGCAAUCCAUGCGGCCGUGUUUGGCGGGUUUGCAGCCAAGUCCCUCGCACAGCGGAUUGAAGCUGCCAGGCCACGAGUCAUCAUGACAGCAUCAUGUGGUAUAGAAGGGUCUAAGGGCCCUGUUGCCUAUAGGCCAUUGGUCGAGGGGGCUAUUAAGGCAAGUAGCUUUAAGCCUGAAAAGGUCAUUGUUUGGCAAAGAGAUCAGCUGCGGUGGAAUCGACCCGAUAAGCUGGGUGGACAGCGCAACUGGCAACGGUUGGUCAAAAGCGCACGUAUGCGUGGCAUCAAAGCCGGACCGAUACCUGUGGCUAGCACGGAUGGAUUGUAUAUAAUAUACACCAGCGGUACCACCGGGCUCCCAAAGGGAGUUGUCCGAGAAGCUGGCGGACAUGCAGUCGGGUUGCACCUGUCCAUUAGGUAUCUAUUUGGCAUUCAGGGCCCAGGUGAUGUGAUGUUCUGCGCUUCUGAUAUCGGGUGGGUAGUCGGCCACUCCUACAUCUUAUACGCGCCCCUUUUGGUUGGCGCAACCACAGUACUCUUCGAAGGAAAGCCUGUUGGAACCCCAGAUGCGGGAACAUUCUGGAGGGUUAUCGAGGAACACAGGGCCAACGUCCUGUUCACAGCACCUACAGCCAUGCGUGCCAUCCGAAAGGAUGAUCCACACAAUAAGUUCUUCGAGGAGGUGGCCCGUCGUGGUGGCCUGAAGCAUUUCAGGGCUCUUUUUCUCGCAGGCGAGAGGAGCGAGCCCAGUAUUGUCCAGGUGUAUCAGGAGCUUUUAUCCCGCCAUGCCGCCCCUGGUGCCAUGGUCAUAGAUAAUUGGUGGUCAUCCGAAUCCGGCUCUCCUAUCUCCGGGCUGGCACUAAGAAGCACAGCGGGAGUGACGUUAGAUGAUGACAAAGAAGUAGAGCCGCUGGCUAUUCGACCAGGAUCGGCCGGAUUUCCAAUGCCGGGAUUUGACGUUCGGAUUGUUGAUGAUGAAGGCCGAGAGGUCCCCCGAGGGACGAUGGGCAACAUCGUCCUAAAUAUGCCAUUGGCUCCCACGGCUUUCACUCGAUUGUUUAAUGAUGACGAGAGGUUCUACAAGGGAUAUCUCAAGCGCUUUUCGGGUAGAUGGGUGGACACAGGGGAUGCAGGUAUGAUCGACCAGGAUGGGUACAUUCAUGUCAUGGCGCGAACGGACGAUAUCAUAAAUGUAGCUGCGCAUCGGUUUAGUACAGGCGCAAUUGAACAAGCCAUUCUGUCACAUCCAGAGGUCGGCGAGGCCAGCGUUGUUGGCAUACCGGACACACUGAAAGGGCACCUUCCUUUUGCCUUUAUCCAGCCACGGACUGCAUCUGCGGCCCUGCCGGCGAUACCUACCCCGGAGCUGUUCAACGCGAUCAAUCAACGAGUCCGUGAGCAGAUCGGAGCAAUCGCAUCGCUCGGAGGCAUGAUACAGGGACGCGGGAUAAUCCCGAAGACGCGCAGCGGCAAGACGUUGCGGCGAGUAUUGCGUGAGCUGGUCGAACACGGGGCGCGCGGGGAUUAUGGGGCCCCGGUGAGCAUACCGCCGACAGUGGAGGACGCUGAUGUAGUAGAAAUAGCGCGGGGCAAAGUGCGAGAGUACUUUGAAGAGAAGCAACAAAGCCGAGCCAAAUUGUAGAUGGAUUGCAAGGCCUCGGGCACAACCUAUACAGUGGGAAAAGCAACCAAGGACAAGCUACUCUACAGCUUUUCUCGGAACGCACAAAAUCUGUAUAAACCGUAAUGGGCUAUUAUAAAG